AUGCCAGAGGACUCGUAUCCAGCAUCCAAAUCACCUAAGCCAUCUUCUGUCUUGGAAGUAUUAGCAGCCAAUGUUAUGGGUCCAUUCCGUAAAGCAUCUAGAGAUGGGUCUAUUUACUACUUGGCUGUCUUAGAUAUUGGUAGCCACUAUGGUUGGAUUAUCCCAUUGAAGAACAGGGCAGAUGCUACUCCUCGCAUUGCAGAUCUCAUUCGCCUCCUAGAGACUCAAUAUAGUGACCGUAAAAUCAAGGGCCUACAGACCGAUAAUGCUCCUGAAUUCACCGCUAAAGUCAUGCAGGAAUUCUUACCAUACUCGCACGAUCAAAAUAGUGCUAUAGAACGAUUCAACCGCACUAUCCAAGAACGUAGUAAAACAAUGUUGGAUGCUGCAAAUUUGGAUUCUCGUUUUUGGGCUGAUGGUAUGCUCACGGCUGUCUAUUUGGAAAACCGGACUACAACUAGUGCUCUCAAAGCUCAUUUAACACCAUACGAAGCUCUCAACGGCAAGGCUCCAAGUUAUGAUAAUCUUCGUAUCUUUGGGUAUGCUGUCUUUAUUGGCUACGAACCUACUCCAUUUGAAUCAAUUAGAGGCUGGCGUUUCUGGGAUGUAGAAUCACGAAAGGUUUUUUAUUCACGAAAUGUGAUUUUCUUGGAAGAAUCUAAUGAUACCAUGCCAAGACCUAAAUUGCCAAACGUAGCUGGUAUAGAUGCAUCUGGUACAUCAAGCUUAUCUCCGGCAUCACGUCAAUUGGCUGCGAAAAACACUGAUAAUCAGCUCUCGACGAGAUCAGACUUUAUGGAAUUCCUCGAUGAAUCAGCAUCCGGCACCGAUAAAAUUCAACUUCCUUAUCGCGCUCCAUCCCUCAACUGGUUUUGA